AUGAGGAUGAGCGCGCGGAAGCGGAUCAUGGCUGAACGGAUAUCAGAUAGUGAUGAGGAUGCUCCUGUAUGGGAUCAUCCGAAACAACGUCCCAAACGCAGACGCAUGAUCGACCCCUCAUCUAUCACAACAGUACCUGUUUACUCCAACAAGGUUAACAGUUCCUUAAAUCUGAAGUCAGUAACCUUCCAACAAACCAGUCUCACAGAGGAAGAAAAAGGUGGUCCUCUUUGGUCUCCUUCCCCAUCCCAAACAGAGAAACAGUCAACCAGCAUUCAUCUGAGUGACUCGGAGGAGGAGCCACAACAGACUAACGCUCAGGAAUUUCUUCGCUCCUCCUCUCCACCCCCUCCACCAUGCAGUCCACCAGUCAAACAGAGCACACAAGCAAACCGAAAAAUCAAAGAAAUCAACAGAAAAUUGGAUGCUAUUGGCUCUCUUGUGUGUCUUUCACCUGGGUAUCAAGAACCUGUUGUUGAAUAUAGAAACUCCCCUUCUCCCCUAAAUGACUAUGAUGAAGAUGAUGAGAUCAUCAUCGUUUCUGACACCAAACGCAAACGCCCCCUGAGAAAUGAGGACCGAGACGUGGCACGAGAAAUUUCACUAAAAUUCCGUUGCCGAACAGAAUUGCACAAAAUCCCAAUACUUUCUACAGCUCCUUUGAGUAAAGCUGCGGAACAGCUGUCCAUUAAACUUAAUGUUCUCCCAAGCCAAAUUUUGUUAUUAAGGAAAGAUGUUGAACUUCCGGUUCACUCCUCAGUCAGUGAGCUGGGACUUGGCAUAGCUGACAUCAUAGACUGUGUAGUAACAGAGAAUAAACAAGAAGUGAGAAAAGAAUGUGAUGUCAUUUCCGUACGACUUCAAGGCAAAGAGAAAGGAUCUGCACAGGAGUAUUCAGUGAAAAAGACUGCUCCUCUAGGAUCUAUCCUGUCUCAGUAUGUCUCUGGUUUGGGUGCCAGUGCUAGGUGCAAGGUUAAAUUCCUCUUUGAUGGGUCAAGGGUCACACAUAAUCAGACUCCAGCUGAGCUGGACAUGGAGGAUGGUGAUGUCAUUGAAGUUUGGGCUUAACUGUUAGUAUUGUUUGGUGUACUACCAUGACCAUGUUCUAUAUGUAAUGUUAUAUUUGUAAAUGUCUAAGAGAAUGGUUUUUGUGGUUCACAAGGAUUUUGGAGGUCAGACCGUCUUAUCGCCCAUGCUUAAAAACAUACCACAGAAAUGUUUUUUAGGUUACAAGGACAUUACAUAAAUUUGACAUCCUUUUGUGAAAGUAAAUUUGUGACAUUUUUACAUUGUUUACAUAAACCAGAUUUAUUUAAGAUUUUUUUGGAAUGUACCUCAUUGUUGAUAUAAAAUAUUGACAUGAUUGAAAGAAAUCUAAUAAAUUGAGUUUUUUAA